UGAUGGUUGACAUUGCUGUAAUUUUGUGAACAUUUGAAUGAUCAAAACCACCUUUAUUUAAUGGUGAGUACGAUCAAAAGAAAUAGAAUGAGAUGAAAAACUCAGAAAAUGGCUGACGUAGCAGAGGUGCCGAAUUCCGAUGGUCGAACUCGAAAGAGUAAAAGGAAGGCUGCAAAUAAGGCAUUGGAAGAACCUAUGGCAGCCAAUGAUGACAAAGAUGAAGACAAAGAAAUGGAUAAACCGGACUCUCCAUCACGAUCAACCUCAUCUCCAGACCCCAACUGUGCUAUCUGUCUCAGCAAGCUGGAGAAUAAGUCAUUCACUGACAGCUGCUUUCACAUGUUCUGCUUUGUGUGUCUCCUGGAGUGGUCCAAAAUCAAGGCAGAAUGCCCAUUGUGCAAACAGCCAUUCAAGAGUAUUAUUCACAAUGUCCGCUCUUAUGAUGACUAUGAUCAAUACCACCUUGAAGUUGACGCGGUAGGGAACCAGUUUUCUUUUGGUAGCCCCAACGGACGCCGUUUUCGUUAUCGGACAACAUUGACCCAGGAUCAUGUUUUUGGUUUCCGACCGAGAAGAAAUUCUCAGCAUCCUGAUAUCGGAAGCCGUUUACCUACGACGAUUACCACCCGUCAAAACUGGCGUCGGCAGAGAGAAGCAGCUACGUCAGAAUUCAGGCGACGCGUUUACAUCAAUGGCAUGCGAGUUGUAGGAAUCAGAGACUCAAGUGGACGAUCUAGGAAUAUAUCACCUGAAUUCUUUGCCUCAAACCCUGCCACAUCCCAUCGCCUUGUGCCCUGGUUGAACAGGGAGUUGAAUGCUUUGCUAUACAAUCAUGAGGAACAUGUGCAAUUUGUUCUGGAAUUGAUCAUGGAUCUGAUUAAAAGGUUCCCUAUUCAGAGUGAAGAAUUUUUUCAACACGUGUUUCCAUUUAUCAGCAGACACACAAGACACUUCAUGCAUGAAUUUGAAAGCUUUGCAAAGUCGCCCUUCUGUAUUUCAUCCUAUGAUCAAAAGGCUAUCUAUGAGCAAAAACCAGAAUCAGUAUCAGAUUCAGAUUCAGUUCACUCUGACGGAAAUGACAGCGAUGUUAUGAUAGUAUCCCCAACUUAUUGUCCAACAUCCCCGAGCUAUGUCCCUAAUCCUGCAAGAAGAAGACGUGACCCUGGGGCCGUAAGACUCCACCACCCUCGGUCCGAGAUAACUCCGUACUCUGUCAGUCUCCGGGACUUAUUGGAGGAAGAUGAUGACCAAAUCACAUCCCACUCAGGCUGGGAAUCUCCUAUUGCUGGUCCUUCUUGGCACUUGACUCCUGACACCAGCAGUGCUCUUGCAAUUCCUGGAAGCUCCAGUUCACAGCCAGGACCAAGCUAUCAAUUUCUUAAUAACAUAGCCCGAAGGAAGAGGUCAAAGGUUAAGGUGGAAGGUGCUGCUGGAAUCAAUGUAGAUUCGGAGACGAAUUUGGUUGAGUCAGAUUCGGAGUCAGGUAGUGAUGUCGUGUGUACUGGGUAUGACAAGCCCUGGCAAGAAAGGACUCCAGUAGUUGUUUCAACAGAUACAGAAGAAGAAAAUAUGAUAGAAAAGGCUGAGAAAAUUAAGAGAAAGAAAGCCCAAUCCAAGCGACAAGAAGACUCCAAGAAAAGUAGAAGGAGGUCAAGAAGUCCAUCUCAUUCACAAUCACGGAGAAGAAGAAGGUCAAGGUCAUCGUCAUCCCGAUCUAACCACAGGCGAAGUAGAUCUCAUUCGGCGUCAAGACAUCGACGUAGGCGAAGAUCAACAUCUUCCCGUUAUCGCAGUCGGUCAAGGUCAGGGUCAAGGCAUCAGCGAUAUAGGUCUCCUUCACCAUCCUCUAGGUCAAGAUACAAAAGAAGGAAUAGAUCCAGAUCUCUUGUUUACGAGGAUGCAUUUGGCUUCUCAAGACGCACAGCACGUUCUCCAGAAACAAACAGUGUGAUACAUUCAGACGCUAGAAGGAAGAAGAAAAGGGACCGCCACAGAAACUCAAGGUACAGUGACUCCUCUUCUAGGUCAAGGUCGAAAUCCUCUGAGAAAUACCACAGAAGUAGACAUAAUAAAUCAAAAAGUUCUAGACGACAUCGAGGAUCAAGAAGUUCUAGUGUUGAAGUCUUAACAAGCAAACAUAAACACAAGAAACAUCAUAAGAAGCACAAAAGAAGCCGGGACACAGAUAAAGAGAAGAGUGGUUCUAAUAAUGUCCAGUAUAAAAUAGUUAAGGAUAAAUGUGAUGGAAAAUCAUCCAAAGACCCUCUCUUGUCCAUCACCAUCAAACGAGAUAAGUCCGAAGAUACACCUGUGGUGUCCAGCACUGUUGAUGCUGCUCCAGUUGUUUAUCCUGAGAUAGAUAUCCCUGAGAAUUUAGUUAUCAGAACAGAGCCAGUUAGUCCUCAGCGUACAACUGAAGCAUCAAAUGAGACAGUCACACAGACAAGUGAAGAGAGCACAAGCUCCACACAGCAGAUCCCCGUUAGUACAAGCUCCACACUACAGUCACACAACCAAACCAGUUCAUCUACUCUGCAGAAACCAGCAACCCCUAAAGAAGGCUCUGACAGAAAGAAGGAAGAUUCGGACUCCUCUGAUGACUGUGUGGAAGUUAAGAGAAAGUCAUUCAAGAAACAUCCAUCUGGACACAAGAAAAGCAGGAGGCAGUUACCACGGCUUCCUGACCCUUCCACAAGCACCGUGACCAGUAGUACAUGUGUAUCCCAAGUUUCUGACCAGAGGAUCCCAGUACUGGAUGCAAUGGCUCAUUUGUUCCAAGGAUUGAGUAACCAAGGGCUUUCUCAGACUCCACAAUCUGAUUUCAGAGCAGUUAUCCCUGGGAUGAUGUCAAAUUUAUUUGAUACCAGUCUAAUGUAUGGCUAUCCCGCUGCUGAUUGGUCCAGCUUGUCAAACUUCUUACCAAGACUUCCUGCUCAAGUGACCUCAUUGGACCACCCAGUGAUGGUGAGUUCCAGUGAUGAUAGUGAUGUUGUCGUAGAAUCUGUAGAUAACAGCUCCAGACAAGCAGUGUCAUCCAGCAGCAAUUCUGUCCGAGACCGAGGACUCCAGGACCUGAUGAGAGUCAACUUCAUGGACAGGAUUCCUGUUCUCUGUGAUGAGAUACAUAGUCAUAAGAGUAUUGAAGUCCAAGAGGAAAUCAGUGUUGUGAAUUCGGAUAGUGAUACCAUCAUCGAGGAGGCUAGUUCUACUGGAAGACCAACAGCCUCCGAUGCUGUAAUGGAGGUCAUUGACAGUGAUGACGAACCUCAGGACCUCUCAACACCAGAGAGGACACAAAUGACCUCCAAGAAGGAUGAGUCCAAAGACACAGAUGGUGUCAGCAAAGACCUUCCUUGUGAGACCGGGGACACUUCACAACCAGAAUUAAUUUCAGCUGUUAUGCCAGACGCACUACAUGAUUCACAAGAUUUACAUCCGAAUCAUCCGUGCUCCGUGAAUGCAAGUUCCUCAACAGCCAACACUUCUGAUCCUGACACUGACAAGAAUGAGAUGAUUACUGGGGAUUCUUGUGCAUCAAAAAUUUCCGAUAACUCCAUAAAGAAUAGUAACAGCAGCAAUGAAAAUAUAAGCCAGAAUCCAUCCACCUCUGGAGAAGAAUCCAUUGAUGUAGGAGUUGAAUGGGGCCAUUCAUCUGACCCAGUUCCAGUAAAUAAUAGAAACGGAACUGCAACCGACCACAGGUCUGAAGAAUCUAUGGACAUUGAUGUAGUUGGAGAUUCUGAUGCUGGAAUGAGAAAUGACAUCGCUUUUGUUAGUUCCAGAGAUGCUGGGUCAGAUGAAAAUGGUUCAGAACAGCCUGUUGCUAGUGAACAGAUGCACCUGAUGUCUCCGUUAGUGAACAGUGGACAACCCAAUGCUGACAGUACUAGGCCCAUGGCAGAAGCCUGUGUCAGCAAUUCUGCAAAUCAGCCUUACCCACUUCUUGCUAGUGUAAGUAAUAAUGUAACCUCACAUUUGCCUAAGAAUUCUCCCCAACAAGACAAUGGGGAACUGUCAUCUGAUAGCAUGUCAUCGCAUUUUGUGGAAGCUGAAAGUAACAUUGAAAUCAGUUCCGCUGGUGAAGGAACCAGUGCAAGGUGUGACUAUUCUCUUGACGACGGCGAGGUUGUCUCAUCUGAAAAUGGUGACUCGCAACCAGCUCCUAUACUACAAAUGAUUGAAGGUGUGAGUGAAAUUUCCUCGGAUGAAGAGGAGGCACUUGUCCAGAAACAUCCCCAAGUCAUUGCAGAUGCUAGUGAUAUAUCUUCAGAGGAGAGUGAUUUCGGGGAGGUCCCUCAACCAACUCCUAGUUCUGUAUCAGGAUCUUCUAAACUUAAUCCUCAAGUUAUUGGGGACAAUACAGACUCUUCUGAUGAGGGCGAAAUUUCUUCCGAUGAUGACGUCCAACCUCAAGAGAUAGAGGAUCUCAGCAAUGUGUCUUCAGAGUCUGAUGACAGCAGCAGCAGACAUGCUUCAGAAAGUUAUAGAAUAUCCCAGUUUCAGUCAAAUCAGGCACGACACUCUUCAACCGUUGUUAAAGCUUCAUCAACAGCAAGCAUGUCAAGGGGGUUGGAUGAGACCUCAGUGAGACCAGCUGUGGACUCAAGACUUAAAAAUAGUGAUAAUGACGAUAGUAGUUCGGGAGAACUAAGUGAUAAUAGUGAUGAUGAGCAGGUUUAUGAUGAUAUUUCCUCCUCAGAGAACUUUGACUCACCAGCAAGUCCUAACAGACAGGUUGAUCAACCUUUAGUGACAAGAGACUUAGAAGAGUCACUGAGUGAAGGAGAAAUAGUAUCAGACUGAAUGAAUGUGUUGAUUGAUCUUAUGUCUUUCCUCACUCACAUGCACUACAUUGUCUUGUAGAUCAUUCUUGGAUUAGUGUGCAUUUAUAUAUUUGAACCGAUGAGGAUCUUACAGGUGACCCUGUACAUCAUGUACAUAAGAUUUUAUAUUUAUGGAUAUAGCAGUCAUAGAGUUAGGACUGUUUUAGCUUCUAUACUUAGCAUCUUCCCGAGGCAAGUGAGUUAACUGACUAUAAAUGUCCAGUUUCCACCCUUGCCGAACUAGGCUGGUAUUAUGAAGUUAGAAUUUGGCUGGACUAACGAGUCUAUGCAUAGUCCAAUCAAAAUCUCGCAACGAAAUCAAAAUCCAGUUUGUAAACUGACGCGCAGAUUUCGGCUGAUUGCAAGAUUUGCAAAGCAUGUGCACCGCCAACUCGUCAAUAGAUAUUUUCCAAACACUUUCAUGUUUUUAAUAAAGGUGCUCGCGAUGUAAGACCCGUUUUAUCACAACAUAGA